GUAUGAGGUGUAAACCACACCCUUGGUUGGUGUGAACGGAGCGAGACACAAAAGUGUAGCUUUGUACAGUACUGUAUACUGUAACCAAACCCAAAUACUGUAUUAUAAACUUGCUAAAUUAUGCCCAGAAAAUGAGUUCCCAUUAUUAUUGAGAGAUAAUAUACACUACAUCUAGUCUUGGAAAUUCCAGAAUGACGACAGAGGAAACAGAAGAUAAGACUAAGAGCCUUUCUCAGGGAGACUCAGCCAUACACUCUGGAUAGACAUAAUGGGUGUAUCUUCACAAUAAGCUCACCUCACUGCCCUAUUGUUUAGUGUAAAAAAUGUUUUUUUCUACCUUUUUUCAAUCCCUUUACUUGACAAAGUACACAAAAUCUAAUUUAAUGUGAAAUACUGAAAAGAGUGUUUAGUGGUGACAGUGAGUUGUCAAUAAAGGUUAACAAAGGGUGAAAACUUUAAGAUAAAGAUGUUAAUUAAGAAAGUUAUGAAGCCACUAACAGUGAUAAUCUUUCUCUUCAUUAUGAACACAGCAAAAUGUGAUGUUUCCUUUCCUUCAAGUGGCACCCAGUGUGUUGACCAACUGCCAAGAUUUUGUACUUGCCAACGGAUUAAAGUUAACUGUGAUUGCAAUGGUAAAACAGCAGAUGUUGGCCCAGCUUUUAGCAGCUAUCAAUUCAUCACCAUGGAGAGCUGUCAGCGACUAGCAAUCCAGCCCCAAAGUUUCAAACACAGCAAUCGUCUUCAAAUAGUUCUUCAAAAUAUUACAGAUCUACAUUUGAUGAGAGGUUCCUUUGAAAUGGAUGCACUGAGACAUAUCAGAGUAAACCUUACCAUCACAAACUCAACUUUCAAUGACAUCCCAAGUAACACAUUUAUGACAACACAGUUUAACAAUCGCACAACCAAUACCAGAAACCCUCCUCAGCAAACACUGAUAUUUCAAGUACAUAACAGUGUAAUACACAACAUACAGACUGCAGCCUUUGGAAACUUCAUCCUAAAAGAAUUCUAUAUUGUGAACUCAACUCUGGGAUUCAUUGCAAGUAAUGCAGUGAACAAUUCAAUCACGAAGAGAAUUCAGCUAGUUAACACCACUGUAAGAGAACUGGAAAGAAAUGCAAUUGUUCUACACAACUCUGCAGAUGAAGGAGUACUCUUUGAAAACAACCAAUUUGAAGGUGAUAUAGCAGGCUUCCUCUCGGGCAGCAUCAUGGGAGACGUCUACAUAAGCAACAACAGUUUUCCUUCCCUGAAACUCUCACCCUGGAACCUGACAGUGGAUGGUGACGUUCACCUCCGCAACAACACCUUCACAAAUAUUCCAAAACAUGGAUUGCUCUUUACGGUGAAGCAUCGUAUCAACAUUACGGAUAAUGAUAUCCAACACCUUGAGAGUUACGCAUUUCAGGGGAUUUUACCAGAAGGGAGGAGAGCAUUUCUAUUCUUGGAUGGGAAUGUUAUUCAUGAGCAUGACCCAAUGUCCCUCUGUCUGAGUGAAGCCUUUGAUGAGAGUGUUGUAGUGAUCAGACACAACUUGUUUCAUCAAAAAUGUUCCUGCAACAUCACAGAGGAUUUAGCUGCAUCUUUAGGCUCACCAAAUGCAACAAUAGAGGACCUUUACAAAGAUGGAAUCCAUCAACAGUGGUUCAGGAAUGGUGAGUGUCUCCUUAAGACACACUUAACAUCAACUAAUCCAAUAGAUAAAUUUCUUGCCAACACAUGCUUCCACAAAAGCCGCUUCAUUACGGUGCUGCUCCUGGUGUUUGCCAUCAUUCUCAUUACCCUAACCAUCUGUGUUAUUGUUGCUUGGCGAAGAAUCAAGCAAAAGAAUACAAUUACACCAUCAGCAUCAGCUUACCAGUCCUUUACAGAGCCUCAACCACCAAGCCAAGGUCCAUCACCUUGGCAGGUGGUGCAGCCAGACCCUCGUACAUAUCAAGAAACAGAAAUACAUAUUGUCUUUGACAAAGCUGAAGAGCUUUGUGUAUCUGGAGAGGAAUCUUCUUCAAACAUUGAUAACAGUGGACAUGAGAAGGAAAAUAAAGCAAAUGAAAAUAAAGGCAAAGAAUGCAUAAAAGGAAGAGAGACUCUGGCGGUAAAGGUGACACCAACUGUUAGACAUUCUUGUCCUCCACUACAGUUGGCAAAAUAAAUACAGUACCAUGUAUAUGAUGUUACAGCUGAGUUAGGAUGAAUCUUAAAGGGAUUGAUUUAUCUUACAUACCGGUAAAUGCUGCACAAAAGUUACAUGCAUGUACAGUACAGUAAUGAUAAAAACCCUCUGUAAACUCACAAACUUAUACCCAAUUAUUGUUUAAUUUAUUACAAAACUGUAUUUACAAUACAGGAAUUUUGGAGUUAAAGAGGAAAUUUUUACUUGUAAUAUGUGAGUAAUAUUUUUCAUGAAUUUUUGACAACAUAUGAUAUAGUGUUGGCUAACUUUUAUACCAUUAAAUGAGGAAACCAUA